AUGCAUUCGCGCCUUGUGACAUUGCUCAUACUAGGUCUUUGCAUAUGGGCCGCCAACACCGCAGCUUCAUGUCUGAAAGAGUACACUGCGUCGCCUAGUGAACAAAAUUUCACUGUGAAAACUGGCAUUCCCGGUUGUCAGGCUCUCGUAAAGCCGAAGGAUGAGAAGAAAGUAAUGGUUUACUUGAAGGUCUCUGGGAGCGGUAGUGCCACGGAAUGUGUACAGCUGACCAGUGGAGGCACAAAGACGAGUAUAUGCGCGACUCCGAACAACAACUCUUUUAGCUCGACUGAUCAGAUCGAGGUUGGUACAGAUUUGGGUGCAUCCACCACAACGGUUACAACGACCACCACCACAACGACGACCACAGCAACAACAACGACAACGAAAAAAGAGCCUGCCGUUACAGCCGCACCUGAUCAAGUGCAGCCAAUGCCUGCAAAUGUGAUGAAAUUGCGCGAAAAGCGAUCCCCACCAAAGAACACCGAUAUAACAGUUUUUUACAUGCUGAAUGGGGCCGCCUUGUUCACUCCGUCGUUCGGAUUGACGCUAUUCAGUAUUCUGAAUCUUCUAUCUAUCAAUCUUUUGUGA